GUAGGUGGGUCGGCGCGGUCGUUCAGGUUAGAUCAGGUUAGAUUCGCGAACUGGUAGCACGCUUUGAAGUAACCUCGCUCCAGGGGGCAUAAGAUAUUGAUAUUUGUGUCUCGGCAGAAAUCAGGUGCCAGGAAAAUUAAAGAAGAAGAAGUAGAAGAUCGUUCAGGUUAUUUCUUUUUGUGUUAACCCGGGACUAUAUAUAAUGGAAAAAGUUUCUUUAUAUGACCCGGAAAAGGAUAUAGUAGUAGAUAUUAAUCUUUCUCCGGAAGAUUUUUUACGUGCACAGCAAGACAUGACCUUUGCAACAUCUUUAUUAAAUGCAGCUUUAAAAGAAAAAGAUUCGAAAAAAAAUGUGGAAAAUUCUAUCGAAUUAGUUCCAAGCCAACAAACCAUUUCCACGAUGGGUCAAGAAUCAGCACAAACGGAGACGAAUACCGAAAUGAAUAUAAGUAACACUGAAGACAGUGGUUCUACCUAUAGGUGGUCAACAGCUGCUGUGCUGUUACUGUUAGAAACAUAUAAAACGUUUCAAGAUAAGUUUAGCAACGGAAAAUAUUCACACAAAAAGAUCUGGGAAAAAAUUAGUGCAAUUCUUGUGGAAAAAGGACAUACAAUGACAGGACCACAAUGUGCGGCAAAACUAAGAAGCCUGAAAAAAGCAUACAAAAGCACGAAAGAGCAUAAUAAUCGAUCGGGCAAUGAUAGGCGACCUUGGCAGUUUUAUGAGAUUAUGGAUGAAAUGUUUUCAAAAAGAGCUUGGUGCUCUCCAGUUGCUGUUGCAUCAUCAACGGGACUUUCUAUUAAGCAGGAAAAAGCUGCAGAAUUUGUCGAUAUAGAUUCUACAUCUGAGCUAUCAACAGAAAGUGAGCAGAAAAUGUGCAAAAGAACAGAGACAUUGAAAGGAAAAGAAAACGUGUGCAGUCUUUUAAAAAGAAGGCUACAUCAAAAAACUGAACAAGAGGAAGCAAAAGCCAAAAGACAUAAAGAAAGACUGGAAAUGGACGAGAAAUUUCUUGCAGUUUUGAAUAAAUUUGUUGAGAAAUAA